UCCGGAAGUAGCGGAAUCUUGCAAAACUGGAAAGGGAGAGAGAGAGGGAGUUUGAAAACACGCGCAAUGAGAGAGCGUGGGUCGACGAAGCUCUCCACCACCAAAACCACCCAACCCACCCAACACGCAAGAUGAAGAAAGCCAACGAAUCCUCGUGAACCCCUAACGCACCCUCCCUACCUUAGCCCCCUUUAGCUCCCACGCCAUCACCAGUCACCCCACCAAAAUUAACCUUCCUUUUUUCUCUCUCCUUACAUUUUCCAUGGCCUCCGAGCAAGACGAUGCCGUUUUUGGACACGACCUCGACGACGACGAUGAGGACUCCUCUCAGUCCCAAGACGAUGGUGACGAUCUUGAGAACGACGAUGUCAUGGUUGAAAACGACGACGUUCUAGCUGACGAGGAAGACGAAGAAGACCUUAACUCUGUCUCUCCUUCUAUCUCCUCUCCUGCUACUGUCCCUGUUGCCGUCCCCUCCGCCUCUGCUGUCACCAUCGCUGUACCCAACGGCGGUGACCCCCCCUCUGCUUCCGUUGAGUCCGCGCCUGACCCCAAGCGUCAACGCGUUGAGACGACAGUGGUUGUCCACCAGCAAGAAGAGAAGAAACCGCAACCGCAGCAAAUGGAUGAAUCGAGGCGGCUGUUUCAACGAUUAUGGACGGACGAAGACGAAAUCGAGCUCCUCCAAGGGUUUCUUGAUUACACAACGCAGCGAGGAGGCAACCACCACGACACUGCCUUGUUCUACGGUCAAAUCAAAUCGAAGCUCCAGCUCGAUUUCAACAAGAACCAGCUGGUUGAGAAAUUACGCCGUUUGAAGAAGAAGUACCGCAAUGUCCUCAACAAAAUAAGCUCAGGUAAGGAGUUUUCUUUCAAGAGUCCUCAUGAUCAGGCCACUUUCGAGAUUUCUCGUAAGAUCUGGAGCUCUACUGGUCAAAUCGGCGUUGUAGAUGGUAAUUUGGAUGAUGAGGAAGGAAACCCUAAUCCUAACCACCAUAAUUUCAAUGACGUUGAAAUUAAAAUUGAGGAUCACAAGUCCACCCCCAGGUCACGUAAACGUUCGCGUUCCCGCUUAUCUGCUCCAGCUCCUUCUGGCGUUAAAGUUGACGAUAAGCGUGUCUCAACUGAGGCUUUCGUGGUUAAUACUGAUAAUACUAAUAUGAACAACAACACUACUACUAGUACUACCACUACUACUAAUAAUAAUAGCAAUCUAAAUGUUACGUUUUUGAUUGAGGAGACGGUUAAGAGUUGCUUGACGCCCUUGUUUAAGGAGCUGUUGAGUAAUGUAAUGGCUGCAGGGCCUUACAAUGGGAGAGGGAUUGGUGGGUUGGCGAUGAAUGCAAUGCCGUUGAGUUUUGGAGGAGGAGAGAUGAUGACAGAUGAUAAAUGGAGGAAGCAGCAGAUAUUGGAGUUGGAGGUAUACUCCAGGAGGUUGGAGUUGGUUCAGGACCAGAUUAGAGCACAAUUGGAGGAGUUGCGGUCUAUGGGUGGAUAGCUGAUGAUGGAUUUUUGGAGUAAGUUUUCAUCUCUCAAACCAGAUUUAUUCUUGGUCAUUGAUGCUCAUUAGGGGAGUAACUGCAUUUUUUUCUGGGAUGGGCCCGUAGGGGGAACUUGGCGGUUAUCUUUGUCUUUAUGUUUAUGAUAUAACAGUUGUUGAAUAAUCAUUUACUAAUUUAUUCAGCAGUGAAUAGUUUGUUCUACCUGUAGUAUGUAGAUAUGGCUUGAUGCAUAGAUUGGAACGACUCUAGAAUAAAGACGGUUUUUAUCUCAAUACAAGCAUUUAUUUAUUCUCA